CCCUAGCCCGCCGGCCUCUCUGUCUCCUCGUGGCUGGGCGGGCGCGCUGUGCGGACUCCCCGGCCGGGACCUUCCGCGCGGCCCUGGUGGCCGCGGGGUCUGCAGAGGUCUUUCACCUCUUUAAAUAAGCCGAUUCUGGGAUACUCAAUUUUCUGAGGCACAAUUAGGGGGGUGUCUUGUGUCUCUAGGAAGCAGGAUGAUGUCCAUACGCCUAGGAAAACUGAUGCUUUUCACCAGUGUGGUGUCCGCUGGGGGCUGUACCGUCAUGUAUUACCUCAUACAAAAAUCUUUUUCCAGGGCUUCCUAUUACCGAUUGGCAUUGGAACAGCUAAAUAACAACCCUGGGGCACUGGAAGCACUGGGCACUCCUCUAAACAUACACUAUCUCCAACUCAUCGACAAGUACAACUUUGUGGACAUUACAAAUGCCCAGUUGAAGAUUCCUGUCUCUGGAUCCAAGACAGAAGGCCAUGUGUAUGUUUCUUCAUCCAGAGAUGCCCCCUUUCAGAGGUGGCACCUUCAGGAGGUCUUCUUACAGCUCAAGGAUGGUCAGCAGAUUCCCAUAUUCAAGCUCAAUGAAAAGAAUGGUGGUGUAAAAAAACAAGAGUAAAUAAAGGUUGUCAAAAGAGAGCUUUCACCAAGCAUUGCGUCUGCUUAUCAACAUUUCAUCUUCCUGUUAGUGAACCAGAUUUCCAACCGUUAGUGGGGGAAGAUUGUAUGUGAUAGCAUUUCUUAAUCCUGGUGUAAUACUGAUUUGAUUGUAGUGUGUGUGUGUGUGUAAAGAGACUUUUACUAU